GUAGGCGGGGCGGCCCGGUUGCUAGGACUUGGAGCGGCGUGGCGUUCUCGCGGGCGUCCCUCAGUCAAAGCUCGCUGAGCAUGGAUCCCACCGCGGGCCUCUCAGAGCAGCCUGAACCUGAGAAGACUGGAAGUGAGGAGCAAGAGCCGGUGCAAUGGCAAGCCCUCCCUGUCCUGUCGGAGCAGCAGUCGGGCGCCGUGGAGCUGGUGCUGGCCUAUGCUGCCCCCGUCCUGGACAAACGCCAGACAUCACGCCUCCUCCGGGAGGUGUCUGCUGUCUACCCGCUGCCAGCCCAGCCCCACCUCAAGCGGGUGCGCCCCAGCCGCAGUGCCGGGGGUGCCCAUGCAUCGGAUCUGCUGUUGUGCCUGGCAGGGCCUUCCGCGGGCCCCCGCUCACUGGCUGAGCUCCUCCCCAGGCCGGCUGUGGACCCACGUGGCCUGGGCACACCUUUCCUGGUGCCCGUGCCCGCCCGGCCGCCCCUCACCCGGAGCCAGUUUGAGGAGGCGCGGGCCCACUGGCCUACAUCCUUCCACGAGGACAAGCUGGUGACCAGCGCGCUGGCCGGGCAGCUCUUCUCUGCGCAGGCGCGAGCGGCCAUGCAGAGCCACAUGCAAAGGGCCGUGCGUGCCGCCCAGAGAGCAGCUGCGCAGGGCCUGCGGGCGGUGGGCGCUGUGGUGGUGGACCCAGCCUCUGACCGCGUGCUGGCCACAGGCCAUGACUGCAGUGGCACCGCCAGCCCCCUGCUGCACGCUGUCAUGGUGUGCAUUGACCUGGUGGCCCAGGGGCAGGGCCGUGGCACUUGUGACCUCAGACGUUACCCAGCUUGCUCCUUUGCCCCGGCCUCCACCGCCCAGGGUGCACGUCCUGGCAGCGUGCGCAAGCUGGAGGAGGAUGAGGACAGCCUGCCCUACGUGUGCACUGGCUACGACCUGUAUGUCACCCGUGAGCCCUGCGUCAUGUGUGCCAUGGCCCUCAUCCACGCCCGCAUCCAGCGUGUCUUCUAUGGGGCGCCCUCACCAGACGGCGCCCUGGGCACGCGCUUCCGUGUCCACGCGCGGCCAGACCUCAACCACCGCUUCCAGGUGUUCUGUGGCAUCCUUGAAGACCAGUGCCGCCAGCUGGACCCCGACCCAUAGGCC